AUGUAUGAUUAUGCUCCGCAAGCAGGUUUGGAUGAGGACAAGAAGCACUUUUGGAAGGAUUUGGACAAGAUAGUGAGAGGUAUGCAGCUCACAACAAAGCUAUUCAUAGGAGGUGAUGUCCAAGGACACAUCGGGUCAACUAAGAGGGACUAUGACGAUGUGCAUGGAGGUUUUGGAUUCGGGGACAUGAACGAAAGCAGAGCCACACUUUUGGAAUUUGUGAGAGGUUUUGGAUUGGUGGUAGCUAAUUCGAGUUUCCGUAGAAGGAACAGUACUUGGUUACAUUCUGCAGUAAGGUGGUUAAGACUCAAAAUGAUUUUUUUGCUCCUUAAGAAGGCUAAUAAAAGUCUUUGUAAGGACGGUAAGGUCAUCCCGAGUCAGAAUCUUGCGACCCAACAUAAGCACUUGGUGAUGAAUUUGGAGAUCAAGAAGAAUAGGAAGAAGAGGGUUGUGGAUGACCCGCCAAGGAUCAAAUGA